UACUGUACGAAUAUCCUAAGGUAGAGAGAAAGUCAACGAGAAGCAUACAAAAAAAAAACAGCACGAGAGAGCGUACACCAAACAGCAGGACGUCUGCUCAAUUUUCCUCUUUCAUAUUUUUCUGUGAGUCAUACCCUCAGCAAAUCAUCACAAGCUUGUGUGCAAGGAUCAAUUAUCGAUUUUUCUGCUCGGCAUCCCCCUUUAGUACUGCUCAAAAACUUGGGUUCGUUCGUUCACCGCCUGCUCACAUUACAUUGCAAACUGUUUCGGCUAACUCAUUGCGCUCAUUCGUUCAGCAAACUUAGAAGUGGGCAAUCCCUUCAUCGGGAAAGGCACAAGAACUGGCAGCCAGUCAGGGCGAUCGUGCGGGUUAUCGAGUUAUUAAAGUGCGUUUUUACAUUGUUACAUUUCAGUACUUCCAACAUUUACACACACUCUUCCUCCGCAUCGUGCGCCACUUUUCGGUUGCUGUCUCGCAAAAAAACCAAAAAAAAAAGCCCACCAGCCAGUCUAUCCCAGUGUGGUGAAGUUCGGGGGUUUUUUCCGUUUUUCCGUUGGUCUGUUACAUACGCGACUCCCCUGCUGGCCCCCCCAUUAUCCUUUUGCCCUUUGUUCAAAGCCAGCGAGCGAGUGACGGAAGCACCAGGCGCCUAACCUGAUACACACGCCGUCCGAUUGUGUGGUUUUUAACUAUGGUUAGUUCGACCGUUGCUUUCGAUAAAAAGUCAUCCACGACACCAGUAGAGAACGCCUCAGUCGACCAAAAUGAUAGCAGUACUAUUUCCUCCAUGCCUUUCAGCAGCAGCGUCAGCAGCGCCUGUAACGAUACGGCAGGUGUGCUGACACACGAUAGUAGUAGCGCAUCCGUGCACGAUGUGCCGUCAGCGUUGAGUUUUAGUGAACAGAAAAUUUCGUUACUAUUCCCCAAAUGUAAGCCACGCAGUGAGUAUCACUAUGUCAUGAACAACAGCAGCAGCAGUAGCAGCAGUGCUUGUGCGAACGGUAACACUAGCAAAAACAAUAAUAAUUGCCUGAUGGACGUCGGCAGCAUGUCGCUCGGUUCCACGCAUUCGCUGGCGACGUAUGUGACGCGAACGAGCCCGCCGACCGUUGCCGCCCAGGCUAAUAAUGCGGCGGCCUCGAAGGUUUACAUGGAUAUGAGCACGUUCGGCAAUAAUAAUAGCGGCGGUACUACUACCACCACCACCACCAAUCACGGUACGAGCGAAUUUGAGUAUAAUGCAGAAAAGGAAUUGGUCGUUGGAAAGGGAUUGCAGAUAAAUACAUGUGGCAUGAAUAACAACAUUAGCGGAAGUGGUAACGGCACCGGUGGUAAUAAUAACCACUACAGCAACAACCACCCUGCCGGAGCCGGUGGUGGUGGAGGCUCGGGAAGUGGUGGUGUUGUUGGUGGCGGUACAGGUGGCGUACCCAUGGGCAUCAAGAGCGACAUGUACGGUACCAGCAGCAUAAAACAUUCGUCCAAUCAAUCCGUCAGCAAGAACACCUCCUCGUCGGACGGUUACAGCUUUUACUACAGCAAUCAACCACCUUCGCUGACCUGCUCGCCAACCGAAAAUCAAUCUGCUAUCAGCGUAGCAACACUGGGCAACAGCAGUAGCGGCACUACGGGCGGUUUGCUACUAUCCGAUGACGACGACACAAGCGAACGCGCCAAGAAAGAUUCGUCCGGUGCAGCCAGAUGGCUCGAGCGCAACUACUGUCACCUUUCCGUCUCGCACUAUCCCAGCGUUUCCAAGUCGAAAAGUGGCACUGGUGGUGUUAGUGGUGGCAACGGUGUUAGUAGCAUCGGGGUGAUGCAGCCACCGAAGAGGGGCAUCGUAUCUGGUUCCGCUUACAAGCCGGUUAACUGCUACAAUAUGGUACUACAGUCACCGCUAGAGGAUGAGAGUGACAUGGAGGACAAGCUGAAGUAUUUCAACUACCAGCACGAGAUGCAGACGUACAAUAGUACGCGCAAGGACAAACUAGCUGGGUUUGGGAGCGGCGUCGACAUGCACUGCGUGGCAGGCAGUAUCGGUGGCGAGUGUGAAGAAAUCGUUGUCCUGAGCAGCAAUACAAAGGAGCAUGGCAACUCACUGUCGGUUACACAAUCGAAGCAGGAAGCGGGUCUGUCGGAUGAGUCGGGACCGGGGCGGAAAGGUGCGCUGCACAUGGGUCAGAAAUUGGAACAUGUGCCGCACGUCGGACUCAGUGUCGCAAGUCCUAGUGUCGAGACUGAGCAAACAUUGAGCUCGGUUGAUUUUGGUGAUAAAAUGAUAACUCACUAUCCGGUCAAACCGAUCGCACUGGACGAUAGUGAGGAGAUGGUCGAGAAUAAGGCUAGCACGGGAUCCAACAUCAUUGAGUACGACGGUUCACCAAGACGGUUCGGGUUGAAUUUAUGCGAUGAGAGCGACUGCUACUUAGCGUCUAGUGUGAAAAUAAAUUUAACAUCACCCUCACUGCUAACGCUACCUCGGCCUGGAUUUCCGCAGCGUGUUUUAUCAACAACAACAGCGGCUACCAGUAAUAAUAGCAUGAUUGCAGGUCAAACCUCCACCGGGAAUGCUAGCUGUUCUCCUUCAUUGCUAGAUCAGGUGAACUCUACGCUGAGUAAGACACUACUGCUAGAGUCCAAAAAUUCCAGAUCACAGAACGAUAUGGAAGGGUCGAACAGUUACGGUAGCAGCGAUCUAACGAAGGCAGGCGGGUGUAGAAAAGAGCAGGACCAUCACGUCUACGACUUGUUGCCGUGUGACAUGAAAGGUGGCAAACCGUCACCGUCCGACAUUGGCAAGUCGUUGGAAAAAAUUCAACUGAACGCGCAAACAUCAGAAGAUGAUUUAACAAUGGGUACAUCCACCUUUCCACCCAUUGCCAACUCCUCCACAUUCGACUAUUUGUACGAGUUUUCCGAAACGCGCAAAGUGUUGGAGGAAUUCUUCAAGUGUCCCUCGACCGAGGAUGUGGAGAAGUUCAGCGACUACAAUGACAGCGCGGACGACGAUGGCGAGAGUCUGGACGUGCAUUACGACUAUCCGGUUGAUUUAGAACGUUCGAAAACGAUUGAAACGACCUACAUCGGUAAUGUGAACGGGGCGGGAAAGCAAGAUACCAUUACGCACUCGCCCAAGUCGCCUAUUCUCAGUGAUGGUCCAACGCUUGAGGAGGAAGAUGACGAUACGGCCGAUGUGGAGGAUGAAGAGGAGGAGGAUGAAAAAGAAAACGGCAUGGCGAAGUACAAUUACAAGUUGAAGAGCAAAUCUCGCAUGAACGAAUACUGUGGGCUGAGGAAGAAAAAAUCUGAAACACACCUGAAAGGCCACACGGGGUUGGGUUUAGCUGUCGUCGAAGGAACGGACAGAUUCUGCAGCUCUGAGUUCGAUCGACGUGACGACGACGGUGUGCGAUUGUCACUAAAAUCCACGCUACAGUCGGCAAGUGAUGCACGCGACUACGCGAUGUACGUUCAGAGCAGCCUGCAUAAGGCUUAUCCAGAGCAGCAGCAGCAGCAGCAGAUCGAUUCACAUACUGGUAGUCAAAAUCAAUCCUCAAACCAGCAUUCCAACAAUGUCAAUGAGUUGCGUUUCAAUACAUAUAUCAAUGGGGAGAGUCGUACGAGCAGUUAUGAUGCCAUCAAUGACUCGAACUACGAUGGCCAUCCAAUUAUUUCGAACGGUAGCGACAAAGACCCGCUGCACUACUCCCUGAACGGUGAUAGCGGUGAUGGGCGAAAGGUGUUCACACGGAAAUAUAGCAAAAACUUCAAUUACUCGCCUGAUACGACUGACUACGAUUCGAACUGUGGCGAUUACGACAGCGAAAUAUCGCCACAGUAUGGUAGUGACUUUGGUCUCAUAUCUUGUAACGGAGCUACCAUGUGCGAUGAUCUAAACAAUGGCGUGAUUAGUGCUACAUCCGGGCCACCGACCGGCACCGGCGAGUCGCUCAACUGUCUGUUUGCAAACAAUGCAAACAACUACUCGCGUUACUACGCAGCCAUGCCGGUGCUGGAGGAUGGUCUGUCCAGUGGUCAUGUGUCCGACUCGGAGAACAAUCUGAAUGCGAACACUAUGACCGGGUUGCUACCGCCGGAUCUGGUUACCGGCAGCGUGAAACAGCUGGCAGGCAACGGUAAUAACGGUGGUAACGGUGGUUUAAUGCAAUCAGCUGGUGGCAAUGCCUACGGUCUGUUAGGAGCACAGUCGCCUUCGGCAAAGCAAUCGAUAUCGUCGUCACCCAUCGUGUCUAAGGAAAUGAAAGGCGCACAAGGCCCGAAUGUACAACAGCCACAGCAACAGCAGCAGAACCAAAGCACUAAUGUCGAGGGUUACUUCGUCAACAACACCUUCCGCAUGGGGAAUCUAAAACUUAACUCUAGUAUGCUGCACAACGCAAGCAUAUUCAAAAACCGCGAUCCAGAGCUGGAAUCUCUUUACACGAUAAAUACUAUACAAUCGACUCCACCACCUCCAGCACCAGCACCACACAGGAAAUCUUCGAUUGAUUGUGAUAACCUAUCCAUGCUGCAGCAGCAGCAACAGCAACAACAACAGCAGCAACAACCCGUACAGCAAAAGCAACACCAGCUUCAGCAUCUACAGCAGCUUCAACAACAGCAGCAGCAGCAACAAUCGCAACAACAACCGCAACAAUCACAACAACAACAACCGUUCAACCAUUCGCAAACAUCCAGCGCCGACGUACAGUCCACAUUGAAGGACAUUAGACUAUGCCUGCAGAAAACCAAGAACCUGAAUUUAGCUAGUGGCAACCAAUCUAGGAAAACGUUUGACAAAAGCAACAUAUGUUCUAGCGAGUAUUCCGAAUCGCUUGGCACUGCCGUCAGUGGAGCUGUCAGUGGUGGUGGUAACAGCAAUGUCAGCGGUGGGGUCAGUACUGGCCCCAGCCUAUCACCGAUAUGGAUACCUCGUACGCGAGCGAACGAGGACUUUACUAGCAAACCGAUUGCAAAUGGAGGUGCAACACUUCAGACGUCCGUCGGCGGUAAUAAUGGGCCCAACGUGCUUUCAAAUGGACUACAGUCCGUACCCGGUACUUCCUGUAAGCUCUCGUCAUCACCAUCAUCGAUGCACACCGCACUGCAAGCAUGUUCGAAGACGGGCACCGGUACAGGAUCGGGCGAUUUUGCCGAGGAGACGGAUGUACUGAUCGCACAAGGUGCACCGUCGAAGGCGAUGACACUAGUCGACGAGGAUGAAGAUCCGGACACAGAUCUCGAAACCGAUCGUUUGCUCGGGCAUCAACGGUUAGACGAUCAAGGUUUUUACGACGAGAGUAACAGCAAGCUCUGGAGCAACGAUCGUAAAACGGGCGCAGCGCGGUUACUGACACUUGGGAAAGUGUCGCCCAAGCAACAAAACGCAUCCCAGCCGACGAGUACGGUGGGAACGGUGGGUGCUGUUGUGGGUUCCGGUCCGGGUGCUAAUGGUAAACCGACCAAUCAGGUUCAACUGGGCGAACGGCUGGGUGGAUCGGUUGGAGUACGUGGUAACCAACCGAACGGUACCAGCAAUUUCCUUCCGCCAGCCGGUGCAGGUAUUACUAAUGCCGGUAUUGCUGGCACAAAUUCCACCCUCCCACUGCCGGAUCUAGGUACGUCAGCUACCGCUAUGCCAGCGUCAGCUGCCGGAAAUACGGUGAAUGGUGUUGUUGGCUCCACGUCCACCAAUUGUCACAAAAGUUCGAAAACCAGCGGCAACUUGAUUAACUUUAACGGUCCAAACGAACCGCAGACGCAGCUAACGUCACCGAAUCCCAGCCCGCAGCACUCACUGAGCGAGGGUAACUUACUGGACAAGUCGAACGAUUCGGGCAGUCCGAGUGGAUCGACAAAAUCGAAGUCGCUGCACAAUAAUGACACCAAAAGGAAGUCGAAGAAUAAGGAAGUUCUUAUUGAAGGUGUACUAUUUCGAGCACGUUACUUAGGAUCUACUCAGCUGGUCUGUGAAGGACAGCCCACGAAAUCUACUCGUAUGCUGCAGGCAGAAGAAGCUGUUUCUAGAAUAAAGGCUUUGUCUCCCGAUGGCGAGGUUCAACCAAGCACGGAAGUUGAUCUCUUCAUAUCCACCGAAAAGAUAAUGGUACUAAACACGGAUUUGAAGGAAAUCAUGAUGGACCACGCACUGAGGACGAUCUCCUACAUAGCCGAUAUUGGAGAUCUGGUGGUGCUGAUGGCUCGGCGGCGCUUCGUACCGCAGGAUGUGGAUUCGACUGAUUCGUCCGGUGGUGCUGGGAAUGGGUCGGGUUCACACACGGUCCGUGAUGUGGCCGGUAGUGGCAGCACACCGUCCCAAAAGCUUGCCAGCGGACCUAAAGGCAAUCGAACGCCGAAGAUGAUCUGCCACGUGUUCGAAAGCGAGGAGGCACAAUUCAUUGCCCAGAGCAUCGGUCAAGCAUUUCAGGUCGCGUACAUGGAGUUCCUGAAGGCGAACGGAAUUGAAGAUCACAGCUUUAUGAAGGAGAUGGACUACCAAGAAGUGCUGAACAGUCAGGAAAUCUUCGGCGACGAGUUGGAGAUUUUCGCGAAGAAGGAACUACAGAAGGAGGUGGUGGUGCCGAAGGCGAAGGGCGAAAUUCUCGGCGUGGUGAUCGUCGAGUCCGGCUGGGGUUCGAUGCUGCCGACCGUGGUAAUUGCGAACCUGGCGUCUUCCGGUGCGGCCGCCCGUUGCGGACAGCUGAACAUCGGCGAUCAGAUCAUCGCCAUUAACGGACUGAGCCUGGUCGGGUUACCGCUGUCCACCUGUCAGGGCUACAUCAAGAACACAAAGAACCAAACCGUGGUAAAGUUUACCGUCGUCCCGUGCGCCCCAGUUGUGGAGGUGAAGAUCAAGCGACCAAACACGAAGUAUCAGCUUGGCUUUAGCGUACAGAAUGGUGUGAUUUGCAGCCUGCUGCGUGGAGGAAUUGCAGAACGGGGCGGUGUUCGUGUAGGCCAUCGAAUCAUCGAAAUCAAUAACCAAAGUGUCGUUGCAGUACCACACGAAAAAAUUGUAAAUCUGUUAGCAACUUCUGUUGGCGAGAUACUGAUGAAAACCAUGCCCACUUCAAUGUUUCGACUGCUUACUGGACAGGAAAAUCCUAUAUACAUAUAAAUUUGUCAUUUUUUACGAGUUAGGACCAUCGUGCAGGAACCUAAGCUUGUUGAUAACUAGAUAUUAUGCUGAGAACAAAAAGCCACACACACACACACUCACAUACAUGCGACUCUCUAUAUACUUUAUGAUUUUUUGUAUCGUAUACAUAUAUAAAAAAAACGAUUAUAUGUGUAUAUUUCUAGCAAUCUUUUUGGAAUUGAUUCAUACCUUGGCCUUGCAAACUUAUAUAUUAUCGUUACGAAUAUGAGCAUAAUAUACACACACACACACACACACACAGAGACACAUAAACACACACAUAAAACUCGACACGCGGGUUCAUCCAACGCUAUGCAUACGUAAACGAUACGAAACUAUUGGGAAGGAAGAACAUGUUAUGCCAGGGCCUCAAUACACAUAACGCAGCCAGAAUUAACACUACUCAUCCACGACUAAAUGUAAAUCGUUGAGUUUAACAUUUGAAAACGAUAUAUUAAUAUAGCUUUUGCAUUUGGUGGUUUCGUAAAGAAGAAAGAAAGCAAGCGAGCGAGCGAGAGAGAAAGAGAAAGACAUAAGAAGUCAGAAAAAAGCGAAGAAGCACAAUAUGAAGCUUAACAUCAAGAGAUCUACGAAUACAUUUUGAAAGCAUUUCACUAACCCCCAACAAAAAAAAAAUGGAAACAUCAAACCAUGGGACGGUACGACAACCAAAGAUACCAUUUAUUGUAAUUACCUUAAUGAAGGGAAGAGGAAAUGAGGGAAAAAAAGAGAAACAAAACAAGUAGUGAAACAAAAAAAACAGAAUCUCAGAAACUGAUAUAUUUUUUGAAAUCAUUUAAUAAGCAAAAUCAAGCUAAAACAGCAAAAGUAAACCAAAAAAAAAAUGAGGUGACACGGGAAAGGCAGCAAAAAAACAAGAAAGACAGCAAGAGAGAAAGAAAGAUGCAAAGAACGCAAUGAAAGCUACAAGCCAUAAACAUACAUAUAAGAUAAAAAAAAACAAAUAAGCUUUGCGCUGAGUGGAAGAAUUGUAACAAAAAUUUAGAUCUCGAUUGAAAUGUAUCGAUCGCGAACAGUAAUCAUUUAUCGUUUCCAUUUUUUGUUCUAUUAAUGGUGUUCUGUUUUGUCACCAAAAAAAUAAAGUGUGAAGUUGUUGAACACAUGGAGAAGCAAAUACGAUCUAAGUCUAACAGAAAAAAAGUUAAGGCUAUAAUUUGAAAAAACACAAACACAGCAUAAUAAACACUCGACAAAACGAACACAAGAGAGAGAGAGAGAGAGGGAGAAGAAAAAAGAAAUACACAUUUAAGAUAUCAAUCACUUACACAUUUUCCCGUGCUCAGUGCUGCUUCAUCUCCGCUUGAGAGGUACUUACGGCGUGCAAAGUAUUCAAAGCUGCUGCGCUAUUAUUAACAAAUAUCUGCUGUCCAUAAAUUGUGUAAAGGCAGGAAAACAGGUGUGUUUCGAUUGAGAUUAGUUGUCCAGCCAUCUGCUAAGGUAUGUAAUGUUUGCGAUUUGCAAAAAGUAUAUAAAAAAAAAACGUACGGUCUACAUGCAUCUUGCGCAUAAGCUGCGCAAAACAUUUCCGCACUGAGUAUAAGAAAGGUACGACAGUAGCAGGAGGAGAAAAACAAAACACCGUCCUAAGGAAGAAGAAAACAAAACAAAGCGAAGAAAACUUACAAAUGCUCAGAAGAGGAAGAAACCAAAAAAAAAACUAAACUCGGGUAGUAGAGGAAUAUUGAGGGCAGAUUUGCAAAUUUAGCGGCUUCUAUUUUAAUUCCGAUUCGUUCGUUUUAUACUGAGUGACGUUAUACACCAAGCACUGUAUUAUAUUGUGUUUGUUUCGCUGAUUUAAAUCGUGUGUCUUUCCCGUUUUUGUUUGGUUCUAGGAAACCAAUCAUGAAAUCAUGAGUGUGUAUUACAGAGGAAGCUUUUCGUGAAACGUGCCGCUGCAAGUAAAUUCCCAUUUUCGAGGGAGCAUUAGUAUUGGACGGUACACGUUCUCGCUUGCGUAUGCCAUGAACAGUAUUUGCUUCUGAUUUAGACUGACCUUUUAACGGUAUUAAGGGUUUAGGUUUUUGUUUUGUCUUAUACACACAAACCAAAUUCACGCAUUAUGCUGUUAGGUUGAGGGGAAAAAAACGAGGAAAAAGUAUGUAAUGAGAGCUACUUAUUGCGGAUGUCAAGCGAUCAUUCAUUCACUGGAAGCAAUCAGUACAGAGAAGUCGCCUAACAAAAAGUUGCUUCAAUGGAUGGGAAGAUAGACGAGAAAGCGGGACCUCGGGAACGGAAAACGGAAUGUGAAACCCGAGACAGAAACGUAAGCGAACGAACGCGCAUUGGCCAGCUAUUUAUGAACAAAAUGGUUUAACAUAAUUAUCUGAAGGUUUGGAUAUUUACAUCUGCAAUUUGUAAAAAAAAAACAACAAACAAACAAAAACUAAACAACAACACAGUGACAAUGUGAUGUCUAAACAAAACAAAUAUGAGUAAAUAUUAGAUAAAUGUAAAGAAGAAAAAAAAACACACACACACACCCAAAACAAAACAAAACAACAACAAAAAAAAACACACAUGUGCGCGCAAAGUGAAGCAAAAACAAGUAAGAUGAGGAAAAGCAAAAAAGAAAGAAAUUCGCCAGCAAAAAGUAAAACAAAACAAAAGAACAAAAAAAAAAAAGAGUGUCAGGAAAGAAAUAUGCAGCAAAACGUAAGACAAAAACCAGUAAACAGCUAAUCAAAUCAAUUAAACAAUGUAAUAACUUAACUGUCAUCUUGUGUAACGUAUAAAUACGGCGUUUGAUAGCUACUAAAAAUCGAUGCGUAUUUAUCAUUAAAUAAAAAUACUGUAUAUUAGCAAUGGGCUGGAAUAAAUAUACAUAUAUAAAUAAAUCGCAGUACCACCGGUGUAA